AUGGUAUUAUCUUUGUAAGUAUUAUUUUAUUAUAUUUUAAAGAGUAUUUUAGAUUUUGAGUACCAUAAGCUUUAUAAUUGUGAUCUUCAAAAAACCUGGUAUUCUUUGUUCUACCUAAAUAAACAGUGAGCAAAAGGUUUAAGUUUUCACUCCUCAAGGGGAUAAAUAGUUUCAUUUUACUGAUAGAACCAAUAAGACAACUGCUAAAAUUUUGCAAUCCUCAUUAGUUAUUUAUAAAAGAAAACAUCUCAAUUCAUUAAAAGAAGAAGAAUCUAUAAAAGAUGAUAAACAAAUAGAAAUUCCUUAAAUUAUUUAAUAGGAUAAUUCUUAAAUAUAAUAGCAAUAGUAAAAAGCUCAACCAUAAUCUGUAGUAUAUUUAGAAUAACUCUAUUGUAUUUCAUGUUUGAUUGAUCAGAUUUUAAGAUCUCGUCAUUGUAAAAUAUGUGGAUCUUGUAUUUUAGCAUAUGAUCAUCAUAAUUUUAUUGUUGGAAAAUGUAUUGGAGAAAAAAACAAACUUUUUUAUAUCUUUACUCUAAUAUUCCAUAGCAUACAAGCAAUUUUAGCAUCAUUAUAUCUAAAUUCUAUACCAUUUAAAAGUAUCUACAUAAUUUAUGGAAUUAAAAGUAUAUACUUUCUCUUUUUUUGUUACACUACUUUAUUAUUUCUCUAUUCAAUUUAUUUGAUUGUAACAAAUUAAACCUAAGCUGAAAAUAGAUUUAGAUAUAAAUUAAAUUACAUGAAAUAUGUCAAAGAUGAUAUUGAACGACCUUUUAAUUAAGGAUUUAGUAAGAAUUUUUAGCAAUUUUUUAUUUCCUCUUUUCAGAAGUAACCUUACAAAUGGGCAUUUGCUUAAUGA